GUUUCACUGACAGUUAUAAGUCUGUGCAAAAUAAACAACCAAACUAUUCUUAUAUAAGGGUGUCAGAUGGGGGUAAAAUGACUGAGAGCCCUGGUCAAAUUACCCUUACCCCAGCCCCCCUUUUAAUUAAGUAAAACAAAUAAGCAAACAAACAAAUAAUCGGCUAAGCACUAAUUGUAACCGUAACACUAACUCCCCAAAAUAAUAAGCUAGACAUGCAAAAUCCAUUUAAAAACAUACAAGAACUAGAAAAUAAGUGAAGUGAUUGCCUUUACAUUGGGCAAUCUGGGUUCAAAUUUCACAAUGACAAGUACAUAGGAGAUCUGCCCUUGAACCAGUUACUGAUCUCCGCUUUUUCCAGCCUCUAUGUUCUGAUUGCAGACAAACAAAUGACCUCGUAGCCUCAUAAUACAUGUAAAAGUUAAGUCUAGAUGAUUUGAUGUAUCAAAAGCUCACAUAAUAAAUGAGAACAAAUAUUGUCUUCAGUUUUACAAGCAUUUUUAUUUGAUGGUAAAAUACAAAAUUCAGUCUGUCCUAUGUGUAGUGGUCUCAUAUGCACAAAGCCACGUCAGUUGUUUUAACCUAAUUUGUUGUGGUAACAGUAUUUUUGAAGCAGCCUAUAUCUUUCUGUGUGUGACAGUGCAAUUUGGGAAAUAGGUCAGCCCGGUCUCAGAAGCUUGGCAGGGUGACAAACUGCAUGAAUACCUCCUAAACAAAUCCUAUGAAUUCAUGGGCCUCAGACAAGAUUCCAGUCUGUGAUUUUUGGCCCUGGCACUGUGAUUUUUGCUGGAUAUCGCUGAAUGCAGGGCCUUUUCAGCAACUGGGAUGGAUUUAAAGAGCAGCCUCACAAUGGUUGCUUUGUGCUGGGCUCAGCUACUUAGGGAAGGCAGAGAGGCUCUCGGGGGGCUGCUAAAAACUCCACCAAGACAACACGACUCCAGAUGCUGUCUUCAUUUUGGAAAUUUCUGGAUAUUUACAAAUUGUGAACCCAAAGUCAAGUUGCACUGGAAGCUUAUACCAACAUAUUCUCAGCUGAAGUGAAAUUGAAUAUAAGUUAGUGGAUUUGAAAAAACAAGAAAAAAGUCUAAAGAUAUACAUUACAGUGAGUGGCAAAUGGGUUCAGGUUGCAUGCAGAAUGCAAAAAUGUAAAUAGUGUAUAUUUCAGAAGGCACUGUUUAUUCAUACUCAUGCUAUCACUGCCAUCUACAGAUCAGCAGUGAAAGUUCAGAUAAGGGUGUUCUCCGUCAGCCUUCACUGUGGGAGCAUCUCUGGACAUUUCCUUCCCGAAGACACCAGACAAUGUAAAUGCCACUCUGUGCUGCUGUAAGCAGCAGAGCGUUCCUCAAUACCAGGGUCAUGAAAGAAAGCAGGGGGAAAAAAACAUAACCUUCAGAAAUCUAUGGAAAUAUUGCUAGAUAUUGGUAGGCAAUGUAAUGGGUGCUAUGGAAAUGUAUGAGAAUUUAAAAAAACUGCUCUAUUAACAUAAAAAUAAAUAUUUUGUGCAAUAUUACAUAGUGUAACAACUUGGUUUCUUUGGAAAACAUGUAAUUACUUUGACUACACAGCCAUAAAAUAUGUUGAAGAAUAACAUUAUUUUUUCCUAGGCAACAGGCAGCCAAACAUGUCAUUAAGUGAAACCAAGGUCAGAAUGCAUUGCAUCUGGAUGUGGGAGGGGUGAAAAGUGGCUGAAAGCAGGUAGAUAAAACAUUUACUCCUAAUGACUUACCUUCAGCAGAGCAGAUCAGCAAAACCAUGGACAUCGGCUGGACAAUUUUAAUAAUUGGCUUCGCUGCUCUUGUUGCAGCCUUCCUCCUUCUGGUAAUUGGACUUGUGUACUCUGAGCUGAUGAAUUCAGACAUUCCUCAUGGGGUUAGAAAUAGUAGGAAACUGCACAUGGUUCAUGGCUUGUUUGUUGGCAUAGCAAUUGUGGGCCGGAUCCUACAUCGCCUGGGUAUUUGUCAUCAGGUCAGCUUUAUCCGAUGGUUUGUGGCCCGCUUUCUGACUCACUUAAAUCCAUAUCCUGCCGGCCUACGAGUGAAGGACCUGAAGUUUUCUGAGGUGCCAGUGCGAGUUUAUGAACCCACCACUGUGUGUGACGGCUUGAGAAGAGGCCUUGUGUAUUUCCAUGGAGGAGGAUGGGUGUUGGGCAGUAUAGAUUCUGUUGAUGAAGUCUGUCAGCACAUCGCCAAGGAGUCGAACACCACUGUGGUUUCUGUUGGGUACCGAUUAGCCCCUGAGCACAGGUACCCUGCCCAGCUGGAUGAUUGUGAGACAGCGACGUGUCACUUCCUGUCUGUGGCUGAGGCAGAGUUCAGUGUGGACUCUCACAGAGUGGCAGUCGGAGGGGACAGCACUGGGGCUAACCUGGCAGCAGCAUUGUGCCAAAGGCUGGCGAGGAGAGAGGAUGGACAUCUGCCGUUCCCCUGCGCUCAGGUCCUCAUCUACCCAGCCCUGCAGAUGGCAGAUUUCAACCUGCCCUCAUACCAGCAAAAUCAUGCUGUGCCCAUAUUGUUUCGUGGCCGGAUGGCAUUCUACUUCCUGCAGUACCUCAAUGGGGACAUGUCUGUGUGCCAAGACGUGUUGGAAGGCAACCAUGUCCCCACUGAGCUCAGGCCAUGCUAUGAGAAGUGGCUUUCCCCUUCCAACCUACCUCCUGAGUGCCUCGUACGGGGUUUCUGUGAGCACCCAACCCCAGAAUAUGAUGGCGAGGUGUAUCACACAAUCAAAGCUGGUUUGGAACCUGAGGUUUCACCUUUACUGGCAGACGAUGCUGUCAUUCAGAAAACCCCACCCACCUUUAUCCUCACCUGUGAGUAUGAUGUCCUGAGGGAUGAUGGGAUUCUUUACAGGAAACGGCUGCUGGACUUGGAAAAUGAUGUCACCUGGCAACAUGUGAUGGAAGGUUUUCAUGGCAUGAUUAACUUUUUUAACCAGGGCUGGCUCACCUUUCCCGCUGCAGUGCAGGUUGUGGAUAGUGUUGUUGACUAUAUGAAAACACUGUGAAGAUCAUAAAUAGAAUCAUGCAAUGUAUUUUUUUCUAUGUUCCAUCUUGUUUUACAUUUUAAUAAACAAAACUUGCCUCCAGUGUCAGAGUUUUCUUCUUCAUUAAAAGUAUAGCGUUCACAGAAGACCAAAAAAAACCCCACAUAAAUCAAUAAACAAACCCUGUUUUAUUCCAAAAAUGAAAAGUAGCCCGAGGACACAAAGUCUUGAAACAAUUUCUGGCACCAUUUUAAUAAUAAAGACUAUACUGCUAAAAGGUAAAUGUCAUGCCCUAGCCUUAAGGAAUAUAUUUCUUUUUAACACAGAUGUAAGACAUCUCCCAUUUGCUUCCAGGAUACUCUGCUUGCCUUCCCUUUCAGUGUUUGCUGUAUCCAUAGCAACAGAGCUCUUCUAUUUCCCCUCCACUGCCUAUG